CAUGUAUCACCACCUAAGGCCAUCUACCGUGUGUGCAGGACGAGAAUGCCCCGCGGUUUGGCGGCGGUGCUAACAGUGCUCUGGGUGGCCACGCGGUCACGCGGCUCAGACCUAGUCUUUCUCUACCCAACGAUAACGUUUCCGAGGAACAUCACAAUGGGCCUCGGCACCUUUGUCAACUUCCGAUGUGAGUUGAAUGUUAGUGAGGGCUCGGCCAAUGAAAUGUUCUGGCUCCAGGGUGGCGCUCGCAUCCCAAACGACAGCCGGCGCCACUCACGGCUCGAGGUGCCUUCGGAAGGGCGUUACAUCAGCUACCUGGAAGUGCGAGACCUUCGGGACGUGGACGCUGGCCGCUACACGUGCGACGCCAGAGCCAGGCUCAACAACCUCAACCUCGUGCGCGUCAUCCCGGACAGCGUGUACCUCAGCGUGGCUGACUAUCGGGCGGCGCAUUGGGGUGAGCCGUGCCUACACCUAGUGUCUACGCCGACAUGCGUGGACGCGAACACUGGAUGCUUCCGUGACCGGCCACCCAACAGGACCACAGCGACGGGGUGGUCGUGCCAGUGUCUCAAAGGAUUUCCUAUCCACAGUACGGGACUCGGUAGAUGUGAGAGAGGAUCCCACCUUGGUGAAAGCUGCGUUGAAGACAACCAGUGCCGCUGGUUCACACAAUUCGCCGUUUGCUUGCGCGGCUGGUGCCAGUGUGCCGACGCCUACACGAUUAGCCGAGAUGGCAGUCAAUGCAUCCCAGUGGUACCUGAAGGACAAGAAUGCACCAUGGACUGGGAAUGCGAGCAAUCGGGCAUGGUUUGCAUCGAGCGCAGCUGCCGUUACAAAGUCGCGGUCUCCGGGGGCCAGAUAGCAGUCCUGGUGCUCCUGUCUAUCAUCGGUGCCUGCCUUCUAGUCUACCUGAUCAUUCUUCUAGUACGCCGUUCCAGAAACAAGAAAAAGAUGCAGGAAGAACCCAUCUACAUAAUACCACUCGGGAGAUGACCUCCAGUACUGCCUGCAAACGAGAGUGUCACGAAGUGCAAGAACACUGCGGGACAAAUCAUCACACAGAGACUGUUCACCAAGGCGAACUGUGGUGGCAGUCAGUGCAAGUUUUCCACGCCAUACGGGGCAGCCAUCGACACUUUAAUGAUGGCGGCCAGGAACGUGACGAACGGCACUCUGAAGUGUGGUUGUCUUAGUCCAGGAAAUGUCCUAGAAAUUCCUCGGAAUGUUUUCUUUGUGGCUGAGGCACAGUUUCGACAAUUCUUCAUUUUUGAAGAUGAAAAUAAGAGCGAUUUCAAUCUUCAGACUUAUCUAAGUCAAAAGCAUGGACUUAAUAGCGCUCUAGUCGACGAUUACUAUUCAUAGAAGCUAACAUAAAGCGUUAGAAUAUUCACAUAAAAGAUUUGGCAGCACUUUCUGGCAGACGUGCGCUACUAAGAUUGGCAACAUAUUUAAGACUUGUGGCCAGCCAUUGGAGAACACUUUCACACGUGGCCUGGUGCAGAUACUUUAAACCAGUGCGCGCACAUUGAGCUGAGAACGAGUGCAGUGGAUGAGUGCGUGCCUGAGAGCCAGCGGCAGUAGGUCGACUCAAAACGCAGAAAUUUGGACAGCUGCAAUAUAUACGAAAAUCUGUAUUCAACCAGCUCUUCUCAUUCCGCUCUUAAAGGGGUCCUGAACCAACUCUCGGGCUUGGUGAAAAAACAUAGUCCGAGAGUUGAGCAUAGUCAAGUUUAGCAGUCCUGCGCGGCACGUGGAACUCGCAAGCUUAGCGCGAAGCCACCUUUCACUCAAACACUCUCUUUUCAACAGAAGCCAUGUUCCUCACUCUUUUCCGGACGCUUUAUUUCGUCAUAAAGUGUCCGGAAAACGCGGCUGCUAUUGGCCAAUAGCUGAUAUCAAUAAAGACGGACGUUUGGA